ACUCUGUUUAGGUGGCAACGCUGCUCUGCGUUAUCGGCAUAUGCGUUGUGCCCGUGUGUUGUUAUAAAACCAAAUUGCAAAUUGUUUCUUUUGCAUUUAAAAUGUCGGUGCCAUUUAGCGGCACAUUGCGUCGUUCUGGCGGCAUUGUUUCGGCCAUUGGCAAACAGCUGAAGAGUGUUAAUCUAAAAGGCGUCAAGCGCAUUACAGUGCAGUUCGAUCCGUUUGCGGAAAACGUAAAAUCCACACGAGAAUUUCUCUUCCUGCUCUCCACACCAAAAGUGUCGCUAUCGAAUCCCAAGUGCGUUGUCAAAUCCGACAUUGUCUGCGAUCGUUCGCCAGCCUUUAUUAAAUUUGCACUAAUCGAUUCGGCGCAAGAAAAAGCUCAAGCAAAGGAGAUACGCUUCAACAGCGACAAUCUGAAUACUUUGGAGCUGCUGGAGCUGUGUAAUAAGCACGUUUCGACUUUGGCUCCACCCGAGGAGAUUACAAACAAGGUGCUAACCAAGGCCGAGAAACAGAAAUUGGGUGGCAGCGGCGGAGCCGGUGGCAAAAAGGCGCCCAAAAAGAAGUAAAAGACUCCAUUUGUAAGCCGUAAUUCGAAACUAUUCAGCCAAAAUGGUGAGGAAACACAAGGGCACAUUGGCUGUGAUUGAGCAGAUCUAUCAGGACAUACCCGCUUUCACCGAUAUCUUCACCGAGGAGUCCUUUUACACGUUCGCCUUUUGUUUCGUUUGCGCCACCGUUCUGGUGGCAUUUAUCCUGUCGCGCUUUAUCACCAUCAAGCCCGUCGAUUUCUAAACCAUUAACUGAACCAGCAGCAUUAAAACUUAAGCUUUAACAUGUAAAACAACACAAACACAAGCAUUGUCCACAUUGUCUUAUUCUCUCCGCACGACUGUUGCGACAGAGCAAAAGGGCAGCGAUUGUCUCUGGGAUUGGGACUCAGACACAGGGGUCUCUGAGACGAGACUGGCCAAAAACCAGUUAUGGACACUGCUUUAUUUUUCUUCUUUUUUUUGCCACACUCUUUGAGGGUAUUUGAAUUUUGUCAUCAAAUGUGUGACGCAAUGCGGGAGUCAUGUGAAUAAAGAGCAGAUGUUAUAUAUACCCUUA